CUCUGCUAACAACAUGGCUGCUGAGGAUCUGCCGUCUGAAUUUGACGUCGUCAUUCUGGGCACAGGUCUUGCUGAGUCAGUGGUGGCAGCAGCUUGCUCCAGAGUGGGACAGAGAGUUCUGCACCUGGACAGGAGAAGUUAUUAUGCAGCGAACUGGGCCAGCUUCACCUUUAACGGCCUGCUCACCUGGAUACAGCAACGUAAUGAGGAGCCUCAGCCAGAGGAGGUCCAGGAUUGGUCGAGCCUAUUGGAGGAAGGGGAGGAGCUGAUCUGUCUGUCCAACUCAGACUCCGCCUCCAUCACCAACCUGCAGGUGUUCUGUUUCACCAGUGAGGAAGACGAAGAGGAGGAAGCGCCAAACACCACAGAAGAAGAAAAGGGUGGAGGAGCUGAUGAAGAAGAAACUGUUAAAGAAACACCAGAAGAAGAAUCUGCAGUUUCAAAAGAAGAAGAAUCAGAGCGAGGACAGGAAGCAGCAGACACACAGGAUGGAGGAGGAGAAGAAGAACAGGCCGCCCAGACGGAGGGGGCGGAGCCAGACACAGGUGAACCAUGCCCCUUGGCUGCUCCCGUCCAAUCAGAGCCAACCAAGAAGAAGAUCAGCUACGCUCAGCUGGUGAAGGAAGGACGGAGGUUCAACAUCGACCUCGUCUCCAAGCUGAUGUAUUCUCGCGGCUCAUUGGUCGAUCUGCUCAUCAAAUCAAAUGUCAGUCGCUACGCAGAGUUCAAGAACAUCACCCGGAUACUGACCUAUCGCCAUGGCAACGUAGAACAGGUGCCCUGCAGCAGAGCAGACGUCUUCGCCAGUCGUCAGCUGACUGUGGUGGAAAAGAGGAAGUUGAUGCGUUUCUUGACUUCCUGUGCGGAGGAGACGGAGGAGCAGCAGGCCUACAACGGUCGGCCAUAUUUGGAGUUCCUGAGUGACCAGCAGCUCGGAGACAACCUCCAGCACUUCCUGUUUCACUCCAUCGCCAUGGCGACAGAAGACACUCCCACAGAGGCGGGCCUCGCCUCCACACGUCACUUCCUGCGCUGCCUCGGUCGCUACGGCAACACGCCCUUCCUGUUUCCUGUCUAUGGCCUCGGAGAGAUUCCCCAGUGCUUCUGUAGGAUGUGUGCUGUGUUCGGAGGAAUCUACUGUCUGAGACACUCGGUGCAGGCGAUGCUGGUCGACACGGCAACCAACAGGUGUAAGGCAGUGAUUGACAGCCGGGGACAGCGAAUCAGCUGCAGCCAUUUCGUGGUGGAGGACGGCUACGUGACGGCAGAGAGGAAGAGGCAGGCCACGCCCACCAGGUGUAUCUCCAGAGCUGUUCUGAUAACUGACGGCUCCGUUCUGCCCACUGACUCUGACCAACAGGUUUCCAUGGUAACGGUUCCUCCAAUAGAAGCGGGCUCUCCGGUGGUGAAGAUGGUGGAGCUCUGUCCGUCCACGAUGACCUGCAUGCCGGGAACAUAUUUGGUUCAUCUCACCUGUCAGUCAGUUGGCUCCGCCUACGAGGACCUGUCGCCCCUGGUUACCAGGAUGUUCUGCACUCCGGAGUCACAUGACCAAGGGCGUCCGUCUGUCCUCUGGUGUCUCUACUUCAACAUGGCCGACGGCGCCGCUGUGGAGGUCAAAGGUCACGACCUGCCGUCCAACGUCUACGUUUGUUCAGGACCCGACGCCGAGCUGGGCCACGAACGCACCAUCACACAGGCUGAGUCCAUCUUCAGUCUGAUCCUCCCUGAGGAGGAGUUCUGUCCUCCUGCUCCCAACCCUGAAGACAUCAUCUAUGAUGGAGAGAACACCUCCUCCUCAGCCGGGGGGGAGGGAGGGGAGGAGGAGCUGAAGGAGGAGGAGGGAGGGGAGGAGGUGCAGGAGGAGAAGGAGGUGCAGGAGGAGAAGGAGGUGCAGGAGGAGCAGGUGCAGGAGGACAAGGAGGAGAAGGAGGUGCAGGAGAAGGAGGAGGAGGAGAAGGAGGUGCAGGAGAAGGAGGUGCAGGAGGUUCUUCAGACUGAGGAGUAACAAACUAAAGUGUCUAAAUACAAACGCCAAACCCUCCUGCAGUGCAUUGUGGGUAACAGUUGCCUUCAGUUUAUUUUAUUUUUUUAUGUUUAUUUAAACGUUUAAAUAUGAAAUCAUUAAAAGCUUCAAC